AUGUAUUCCUUUGAUGAUGUUAACGUGGGGAAUCCCGAACUAGAUUUGAACAUUCCCUUCGUUAUCGGCCUCAGUGCGAUCCUGAGCUUACUGUUGUUGCUUCUGAUUAUCAUAGCCGUUUACUACACUUUCUUCUGCGGUUCUUCAACAUUUGGUUAUGACUUGGGAGACAACUUCAGCAUCCGUUUACCUCAAAAUUUUCAAGUUGAUGAUGAUAAGAUCAAGUUAUGGGAGAAAACGUAUUUUCCGCUUUUAACAGACGAGGAGAAAGAUCAAUAUCUCUUGGGUAAACAUUUUUUCCACUUCAAUAAACCCAAUGUAGUUCCUCAGGGCACAGGGUUUGGAAUCGAUGCCCAACUGAGUUUAAGGGAUAGAGGAAUCAAUAUUUUCUACUUUGAAUCUUACACAAACCACACAGACCUGGUCUUAGAUCAAAUUAACCAUCCGGAGAAAUACAAAAGAUCUAUUAAUGAAGAUUCGGCUUCCUUUGAUGAAGAGGAAAUUAUAGAGCAAAGUCAAAAGAGCUCACUAGUAGCCAAAUCAUUCCCGGAUUAUGGCGCUGUUACCGAUGAAGGCACUAGUACUUCAAGGAAUAUCCCAGUUCCAUUCUACAUCGAAGAUAGAACAGACAUUAUUUUCACCACCGACAAACCGCACUCUACUACUCUAAACUUUCCAUUACCGACAAAAAAUAGACGAAAAGACACCGUCUACUUUGAGGCCAAGCUUUAUGAAUUCAACCCCGCUAAUACCCUAAUUUCGGUUGGUUUAUGCUGCAAGCCUUAUCCAGACUUUCGACUUCCGGGUUAUAAUCCCUAUUCUAUUGGAAUAGAAUCGUCAGGGCAUAUGAGACUGAAUAGACCGUUUAUUAAUGAUUCAGAUACACCUGUAUUGUUGCCACAACUGAUUCAGGGUGAUGUUAUAGGAAUUGGCUAUAAAUAUUACCCAGGGUCCGUUUACGUUACGCAUAAUGGGAAAAAGAUAAUGGAGGUCUUGCAUGAUAUCAAACUAGAUUUAUACCCCUGUAUAGGAUCCACAGGUGGUAGGUCUCAGGUCUCUGUUAAUUUGGGACAACUAGGGUUCGUGUUUAUCGAGGCUAAUGUCAAGAAGCUUGGAUUUUGCGAAGGUGACAAUGAGGGCAGUCUUGGGGCUCCGCCUCUUUAUCUUUCAACCAAGGAAGAUGUUGAAGAUACGAUACUUCAAACGGGGGAGGCUUUGCCCCCUGAAUACCCUGAAAAUGAAACCACGUUUUUUGGACCCAAAGCAUACUUGCAAGGAAGAGUUGCAAUAUCAAAACCGAGCAGUUUACCAUUAAUGUCUCCACGUCAAGUCCGUUCUAUUCUUUCUGAUGACUACCUCACUCACACAGAUGAUGAAAUCAGCUCCAGGCCACCUAGUUACAUAUCUAAUUCCUCGGAUCAAGAUAGUACGGAACACAAUGCCCCAAAUACCACUAUAUUGGCGAAUGAUCAAUCCGAUCUGACAAUAUCAACAACAAACAAGGCAUCGCGUAAAAAAGGCAAGAGAAGAAGAAAGAACAAAUCCAGGAGAAGGUAG